AUUGUUGUAUGGAAUGACGAGAAUUCUGAGGAUAUAUUGAAGAUCAUGAUCAUUGUGGGAACGAACCAACGCGCAACUCAAAUGUUUAGCAGGUGCUUUCUUUUACCUGAAAGAAUUCGAAAUUUGGCUACGUCUGUUUCAUCUUCAAAGAGCAAGUGGACACAGAUUCGAAAAAUUUAAGGUCUUUUAUUACAGAGACUGUACGCGAAGUUGAAGUAGUAGUUAUCGCUGAAUAUAUUAUGAGGAGUAGAGGAGGAAGAACCACAAGCGCAUACUCUAGUAGCUGUUUCCUCCUUGGUCGAAAGGCAUCGAUAAAGAAUUUACAGAAAUCAACAAUCCAAAGAUGUCUUCGCCCGCUUCCGCAGUCGCAAUGAAGAACAGUGUCGCGAAGACGAGGAAAUCGUUAGUAGGGAAGGAGAAAUUUGCCUGCGCAGCUACAACGAAGAAAAAAACACAAAAGACCACCAGAACGGCCGCAAGUGUGCAAAAACAAAAGCCAUCCGAAGAUAUUAUCGUGGGUCUUCAUCAGAAGAAUAUCCCAAGCACGACAAGUACACAAAAAAUGACAGCGCACCGUUUGGGCUUGGUCUCUGAUGCAGCAAUAUUGCAGCAGCUCGAGUCCGCACUUUACUACUGCCAUGUGCCGGAGUUGAAGGAGAUUUGUGCAAAGAAACUGAAAUUGCCUAGCGUAAAAUCUUCUGCGGACAAAACAACACUUGUAGAGACGAUUUGCGGCGCGUUGCAAGGCCUGAUACCUGGUGGCGAAGGAGAUGUACACACCGGAAAGGCCGCUGGCCCGUCAUCCACCUCUGCAGCGCCGAAAAGCCUCUCCUCCCUCCCGAUUCCCCCGGAGGCAAAAAAGGUGCCCGGCGCCUCAUCCGCUUCGUCUGCAGCAACGAAAGAUAUCACAAAAAAGGCUGCAGAACCAACCAGCAUACAAAAUUUCAUGGUCUUCGGGCAUUACAAAAACGACCUGAAGCAUCGGAAGUUUUUCGAGAGCCAGAUCGGAAAGCACUUCCACUACACAGCGAGCGGCAUUAGGUGGCUGAACGAGCAGUGGAAGAUCGAAAAGCGAACACCUAAGUUUAAGGAAUACAUCGAGUUCUGGAAAAAAGAGCACGAGCAGGCGCGGAAGGCGAAGGAGGCAGGGACAAAAGGAAGCAAGGGACGCAAUGUUGACGUCGGCAAAUCUUCUUCUUCGCAAGUAAAAAAGUUCAGCGAAACCACGAAAACGCUGCAAUUCAACCAGUUCUGUGUGAAGCACAAAAACCAGUUUGCAGAUCGCGCUGCAAUGCUUGAGGCUUGGGAAGAAAAGCGUAUGGCGAACAAAACCAAGGCGCUCGAAAUAAUCAACAAGUACCACAAGAAUUGAAGCGUACAUAAGUUCUCGCAGGAGAUGACAGCCACAGCCAUGCUUUGGUCUAUGAUCAGGUAGACGUACAGAUGACGAGACUCGACGCGCAACUCAUUUUUGCGGGACACACGUCCAUCACGGGAGCCUUCUUGUU